AUGAGCUUUUCACCACCACCUCCACCUGUGUUUCCUGGUGAAAGCUAUAAUAUAUGGGCUGUAAAAAUGAAAACAUACCUACAGGCACAUGACCUGUGGAAUGUUGUUCAAAAUGAUACUGAGCCACCACCCUUGAGAGCUAAUCCAACGAUAGCUCAGAUAAGGCAGUAUAAUGAAGACUGUGCAAAGAAGUACAAGGCCAUGUCAUGCCUACAAAGUGGAGUUUCAGAUGUUAUCUUCAUAAGGAUAAUGGCCUGUGACACAACAAAGGAGGCCUGGGAUAAAAUCAAGGAGGAGUUUCAGGGUUCAGACAAAACCAGACAGCAACAACUGAUCAAAUUGAGAAGGGAUUUUGAGAAUUUGAGAAUGAAAGACUCAGAAACCAUCAAGCAGUAUGCUGACAGAAUUAUGGCUACUGUCAACAACAUAAGACUGCUUGGGGAUGAUUUUAGUUAUCAGAGGGUAGUUGAGAAAGUCAUAACAACCCUACCAGAGAAGUAUGAAUCAAAGAUCUCUUCCCAGGAGGACUCGAGGGACUUAUCAGCUAUUCCCUUGACAGAGCUGAUAAAUGUUCUCUAUGCAUAA